UUCACUUUUCUUCCCCAGGAACUCAUCCCUUUAAACUCAAAAAAAUGCACCUCCCACGCACCGCCGCUGCCGCCACGACGGCCCUUAUCAUCAUCAUCCUCACCGCCGCCGUCGACAUUCUGGUCAUCACAGCUUCCCCGAACCAGCAGCUUCCCAACUUCACCGCCGUCAUAAUCUUCGGCGACUCCACCGUGGACACCGGCAACAACAACUACCUCCCCGACGCCGUGUUCAGAGCCGACCACCGACCCUACGGCGAGAACUUCCCCACCGGGCAGCCGACGGGCCGAUUCUCAGACGGGAAACUGCUGCCCGACUUCUUCGCCAGCAUUCUGGGGAUCAAGCAGCUGGUCCCGCCGUUCCUGCACCCGAACCUGUCGGACUCGGACAUCCGAACCGGGGUGUCGUUCGCUUCGGCGGGGACAGGGUACGACGAUCUGACGGCCACGAUUGCUCAGGCGAUCUCGAUGGACGAGCAGGUGGAGAUGUUCGAGGAGUACGUGGCGAGGCUGAGGCGCGUUGUGGGCGAUGACGCCGCCAAGGAGACGGUCCACGGAGCGUUGGUGGCGGUCAGCGCCGGAGCCAACGAUUUUGUCGACAACUACUAUGACCUGAUGACGAGGCGGCUGGAGUUCGAUUUGAGCGGCUACCAGGAUUUCUUGCUCUCUAAGGUCCAAAACUUGGUCAAGCGGAUUUACAACAUGGGAGGGCGUACAAUCGUGGUGGGAGGUCUGCCACCAAUUGGGUGCCUGCCGAUUCAAAUGACGGUGAAGCUAAAAAACCCGUUUGAUCGAAGGUGUGUGGAAACUCAGAAUCAGGGUUCCCAGUCGUACAAUGCGAAGCUGAAGAAGCUGCUCGCCAAAUUGCAGUCCUCGCUUGCUGGGAGUACAGUCACUUAUUCUAAUGUCUACGACCCAUUGCUGGACAUGAUCACCCACCCAAGCAAAUACGGUAACGUGUAUUUUAGGCGCAUCGAUCACUUUCUACAUAUAUCGAAUCUUGAUUUUACUAACAUGAGACGUUUGCGGAAGUGGCAGGGUUUGUGGAGACGAAGCAGGGGUGCUGCGGGAGUGGGCUAGUGGAGAUGGCAGCGCUGUGUAACGAAGAAAGUCCAACCUGUGGGAAGGAGAUGGCAUCUAACUAUGUUUUCUGGGACAGCGUCCACCCGACCUCCACGGCGUACCAAAUUUUGGCCACCAACCUUUCUCAACAGCUCGCUUCUGCUCUCUCUUCUGCCAGCCCACCCUCAUCGUGAUCGUAGAUAGGCUGCCAUUCUAAAUUGUCAUUGUUUGUUUAUUAUAUUCAGGACAUACAUACUCUUCAGGUCAAAGGUUCGGAUAUGAAACCGACAAGAGGGAGAGAGAGAUGCAUUAUUCGCAUGCAUAAGGAACUAAUUGUCAUUGAUAAAAAAAAAAAAAAGAACUUGUCGUGAUUGUGUCAUGCAAGGUAGUGGAUUAGUGGAAACAACAGAAAGGCGCAAUGUGAAAUUGAGUCUUCAUUAUGUGCGUACGACAAUAAUUCAUGGAUAUGUAUAAUUAUCAGCCGUUGAGUCAAACUUUUGAAAUAUGUGUGUGAUUUUUC